GCUGGCGACGGACGCUAUACAGACUCCCCGAGGCCUCCCCCAAGGCAAAUGUCCAAGUCUAAAGGUCCCAGCCGAGCUGGCAAUUAUGGCCCUAGCACCUGUAGAACCUCAGGCACAGCACCAGGGGGAGUCAAGCAGUACCCACCAAUCAGUGCCAAAAUCAAGGGGCCAGGAGCUGGAAAAUAUGGCCGGCAGCCUUGCACUGGCAUCAGGAAUCAUGACUUCACCAUGUUUGCAGAACCAGCCUACACAAUGCGUAUAAAACACACGGAGAAAAUCUUGGCUGACACAGUCAGUCCUGGUGCCUUCUUCAUAGACCCUCACCUCUCCCGCUUUGGGUGGUGGAAGCCGUCAUCCUUCUGCAUACAGAACCGAGAGAAGAGUCUAAGUUUGAUGAGCACACCUGCCCCAACUGAAUACUACACAGAGAAGGUGCAUCCGCAGGGGGAACCCUACGCACCGGCUUAUUCCUUGGCUGACCGCACUCGUUACCGUGAAAAUGAUCCCAACCCAGCUCCCAAUGCCUAUACCCUCCCAGGGAUGCUGGGACCUAGACUUCCCAUCAAGCCAUCUGCCCCCUGCUACAGCAUGGCCUCCAAAAUGGACAUAUGGAGCAACGCCAAGGAGCUGGCGAGAGUCCCUGGCCCAGCAUCCUUUGUUGUGCCUGAACCGAAUGUCUACUUGCACCGGCAACCUGCCUACAGCAUGUGGAGAAAGUACAACUUCGUAAGGGACUCUACUCCAGGGCCGGCGGACUACAAGACCAGCCGUGUCACCAUCACCAAGCCGAGGGCCCCGGAUUUCAGCCUGGGGAUCCGUCACUCCGAGUACCUCACCCCCCUGGUUAUUGAUGUUAUGGAGUGAGCCAGGCCACUACUCUGGGCUGUGGUCUUUUCUUUCCCUGAGGCUCCAAGCUGGGCCGUGACUAUGUGACACCAGCAUAUCACUGCAUGUUAGUCCUAGUAGGUACAGCGCACUUGAGGCCUGAUUCAAAGCCCUGAAAAGUCAAUGGAAAGACUGCUGUUUAUUUCAGUGGGCUAUGGAUCUGGCUCUUGGCUUGAGACUUUCUGACUUCUAUCAGUGAGGUUCACAGCGUGAUAUGACUGCACUUGCCCAAUGCUACCCCCUGCGACCCCCACGCUACCCCCACGGCUGGUCUUG